AUGGAGAAGACCGAUCCAAACAUCGCCAUCACCACCGGCGCCGAGGUCGACGAGACCGCGCCUAGUGAUAUGAUCAACAAGUUGCGAAACUUGAAGGAGCACCAUCACUGGGACCCUAACUUGCCCGAUGAUGUCGAGGAUGAACUGGAUGAGGCCCUGAACACGUCGGACAAGGGUGCCCAGGUUGGCCUCGCCCAUGAGCUGUUGGACAAUUCCAUUUACCCGGAAGUGCGUGCUGCCGUCCCCAACAUUGAUGAGGGAGGCCACAGCAAUACCCUCCGUGCUUGGGUCAUUGGUAUGCUCUUUGCAACCAUCGGUUCCGCCCUGAACAUGCUGUUCUCCAUGCGUCAGCCCUACAUUGUCAUUCCCUCCUACAUCGCCCAGGUCGUUGCCUACCCCGUCGGUAAGGCCUGGGAACGAUUCAUGCCGAACAAGAAGUUCAAGUUCUUCGGUAUUGAGUGCAGCCUGAACCCGGGAGUCUUCAGCAAGAAGGAGCACGCGCUAGUGGUUAUCAUGGCGAACGCCACAUUCGGCGGUGGCGCUGCCUAUGCCACGGAUGUCCUGCUGGCACAGCGCGCCUUCUAUGGGCAGAACUUUGGCUGGGCUUUCGAAAUCUUCAUGUGUAUUUCGACUCAGAUGCUUGGUUUCGGUAUGGCCGGCUUCUUCACCAAGUACUUGGUCCAGCCCGCUGCCAUGAUCUGGCCUUCCACCCUGAUCAACACUGCUCUCUUCUCGGCUCUCCAUGACCGUACCAAGCCCGACCCCCGCAAGGUGAGCGGCUGGAAGAUUGGUCGGUACCGUCUGUUCCUGUACACCAUGAUCGGCUCGUUCUGCUGGUACUGGUUCCCCGGAUACAUUGCCCCCUUCCUGAGUGUGUUCGCCUGGGUGACCUGGAUCAAGCCCCAGAACGUCGUGGUCAACCAGCUGUUCGGUGGCUGGACCGGUCUGUCUCUGAUUCCCAUGACCUUUGACUGGACUCAGAUCUCCGGUUUCAACUUCAGUCCCCUGAUUGCCCCCUGGUAUGCCAUGGCCAACACCUUGAUCGGCAUGGUUCUUUGGUUCUGGAUUGUGACCCCAGCCAUUCACUACUCUGGCUUGUUCUACUUCAAGUUCCUGCCUAUCAGCGACUCGGGCAGCUACGACAACACUGGAGGCGCCUACAACGUCUCGAAGAUUUUGACUCCCGAUUUCACCUUUGACGCGGAGAAGUACAAGUCCUACUCCCCGCUUUUCCUUUCCACCACCUUCUCCCUUAGCUAUGGUCUGUCCUUUGCUGGUAUCAUUGCCGUCAUCCUGCACACUGUCCUGUUCCACGGCCCCGAUCUCUACGCUCGGUUCCGCGCUGUCAACGGCACGGAGGAAGAGGAUGUUCACAGCCGCCUCAUGGCCCGCUUCAAGCCCGUUCCUCUUUGGUGGUAUGGCGUCGUCACCCUGAUCAUGAUCGGUAUGGCUCUGGGUGUGACUCUGGGCUUCUCCACUCACCUGAGCUGGUGGGCAUUCUUCAUUUCUCUGAUCAUUGCGAUUCUGUGGUUUGUGCCUCUCGGAAUCGUCAAGGCCUCAACCAACAUUGAUAUUGGUCUUAACGUCUUGACUGAAUUCAUCAUCGGUUACAUGCAGCCUGGUCGCCCCAUGGCCAUGAUGCUGUUCAAGACCUAUGGAUACAUGAGCAUGUACCAGGGAAUGUACUUUACUCAGGAUUUGAAGCUCGGUCACUACAUGAAGAUCCCUCCUCGUGUGACCUUUGCCGCGCAGAUGGUCGCUGGUGUUUGGUCCUCGCUGGUGCAAAUCGCCGUCAUGAAUUGGGCUCUGGGCGCCAUCAAGGAUGUCUGCAAAGCGCACCAGGCCAACCACUACACCUGUCCCAACGGUCGUGUCUUCUUUAACGCCUCCGUGAUCUGGGGCGUGAUCGGCCCUGCCCGCAUCUUCUCCAUUGGCCAACUCUACUCGCCCCUCAUGUUCUUCUGGAUCGCCGGUGCCGUCCUCCCCGUGGCCAUCUACUUCGGUGCUCGUGCUCUCCCUCGCUCCCCCAUCCGCUACCUCUCCGCGCCCCUGAUCUUCAGCGGAGCCGGUCUCAUUCCCCCCGCCACCCCGCUAAACUACCUCAGCUGGGGUAUCGUGGGUUUCGUGUUCAACAAGUUCAUCCGUGACCGCUUCCGCGGCUGGUGGAUGCAAUACAACUACGUUCUCUCAGCCGGCCUGGACGUCGGCCUCGCCCUGUGCACCAUCCUCAUCUUCCUCACCCUCAACCUCACCAGCACCAACUUCCCCUCCUGGUGGGGUACCGACAUCGCCGCCAACACCAUGGAUGCGUCCGACACCGCGAUCCAGGUUGUCUUGCCCGAGGGCCAGACCUUUGGACCGAAGACCUGGGCGUAA